AAAGGGAGAACACCAAACAGAGCUGUACCGUGAUAAUUUUAUUACGCAAAGAAAAUUUGAUGAAACUUUAUUUUUAGGAGCGUAAGUUACGCGGAAGAUAAUCCCAAAAAAGUGAUAAUGUUUCGGUUUUCUUGCAUUGUUUAGGCGUCCUAACUAAAAACAUGCCUCCCGUUGCGGUGAAUUAUUUCAGCUGUCUGCAAUAUUCCCUUGCUAAGUGGCUUGUAGGGAGAUUUUGCCAACGCAAAGGACAUUGACGAAAACUGGAGGCUUAGCAAGAUUAGCGACUGUCGUUUUAAUCGAGUUUGGUUAGUGUUGGGGUUUCAAAAUGGCGGACACAAACGAGGCUCUGGAGAAAAUUGACUUAGGUGACUACGAUUUUUUACCUCUUCUCUUUCGACACUUAAAACGAAUCCUUGCAGACAAUACAGAUUAUUUUGAACAAUACACAAGUAAGGAAGUCUAUAAAAAGCUCUACAAUGGCUUUAAACUGAUGCUAUCAACCAUUGAUUCUUUGGAAGAAGGAGCAACUUUGCUGGCGAAGACAGCACCCUUAUUCGACUACAGUAACGACAUCAAGGGAAAUGGCUACAGGAGUCUACUUAGACUUGUCGAACAUUGCCUUCAUUCUGUUACAGAACUAUCUGCCUAUUGCCAAACUCAUCGAGAUAGAUUUUAUUUUCGAUCUCAUCACUAUAGCUUGGAAGUCGAAGCUUUCGCCAAUGUUUUUCAAAGGACGAGCGAAUUGUUGCACUUUGCCAAGAUCGUGGUAGAGGACAGUGUGCCAGACAACUUAUUUCCAGAGAACUUUGACUCUAAAGUCAUGUUGGAAGUUGAGAAGUUGGAUAGGGAGUGCUUUUAUGGUAGAACGUUGGGUUUUCAGUUUUCUAGUGGUAUGCGGCAUUUCUUACAAGUUGUCUGUGUGGCAAUGGCAUCAUUUGCCGAGGGUUAUCAUCGUCACAAGCAGAGCAGCAUGGCAUGUGCUACAGUAUCUUUCUUAAACAGUGGGAAAUACACUGUGAAUCCUGAGAUGAGAGCCAAGAUGAUUGUAGAUGUGACACAGAAAACUAACAUGGAAUUCUGUAAAGCCUUUUGGAGUUUGACUGAAGGUUAUGGACUUCAGCAUGUGCCACUGCUUGUUUGUUCUGCAAUGAAAGUGAACAGGGUGUUCUUUAUUCCUCCGGAGCCAUUUGAACUUCAGAUGUUGACUGGGGAGUCUGUGAGUAUUGCUCCACCCUGUUCUUGGUCUGGUCUGGCUCCAGUUCAAGUGCGACUGUUGUCGUAUGAAUGGAGAGAAGGGCAGAGUAAAGAUGGAAGUGACAAUGUUUCACACCAUGGCCGACCACCAAAGCCCAAAAGUGAUGGCUUGAUACUCCAUGUACAUGGUGGAGGGUUUGUCGCCCAGUCAUCAAAAUCACAUGAGAUGUACCUUCGCACUUGGGCAUGUGAACUUGGUGUGCCCAUUCUAUCUAUAGACUAUUCAUUGGCACCAGAAGCUCCUUUUCCACGGGCCUUGGAAGAAUGUUUCUUUGUGUAUGCUUGGUGUUUGAAUAACUUCCAUCAGCUGGGUACUACUGGAAAGUGUAUCUGCCUAGCUGGAGAUUCAGCAGGGGGCAAUUUGUGCGUGUCAUUAAGCAUGCGUGCAUCAGAGGUUGGCAUCCGUGCACCAGACUCCAUCCUAGCUGCCUAUGCACCAUUCAAUGUACAGUGGGUACCCUCUCCUUCCCGUCUGCUGAGCCUUAUGGACCCACUGCUUCCUACAGGGUUGCUAGGUGCUUGCUUGGCUGCCUACUCAGGUAUGGGGAAGUCACCCUUUGAUGACUGCACCACAAAUUCAAUAAAAUCUUUAACAGGUGAAACAAGCCAGCCAGUGAGUGUCGUGAAAAGGAGAAAGACAAACUCUCUCUUGAGAUUGCUACGAGUUGGCUCAAAGGAGUCUAAAUUUGCAAAGAGUGGUAGCCACUCUGAAGCCCUUUCACCAUCAGGGCCAGAGAGUUUCCAUAGUUGUUUGAGCUCACCGCAGUUUGAAGAGACAGAGACUGUCAACAAUAUGGCAAGCCCCAGCACAGAGACAGCCGUUGGUUAUCACUGCACUAGUGUGGUGCAUUCAUCAGGGGAACAUUCAGAGGAAGGUGUCUCGGACCAAGAAAAGGACUCUGAAAUUAGUAGCCCUUCAUCUGGGCAUUCCCACUCCCGAAGACAUUCCCAAGACACCAUACCCAGUAGACCCACAAGUCCUCAGAGAAGCAAACAUGGCGAAGGAGACGAGAUGGAACAUAUAGGAGUGCACUACCAUAGGGACAUUGAAGAGUGCCACUUAGUGAACGUGGUAGAGUCUCCAGAGAGCCCUAGUGGAGAGCUUCUUUUGUUUCCUCUUGAAAUGCCUCAAGAGGAGCCCUACGAAGAUGUGGGUACAUCACCAGAUGAGGACGAGGAGGUGGGACAUGAUGACAAGUCUCAUUCAAGGACCCAGUCUAUGUCUCAAGUGCAUAUUCCUAUUGCCAAGAACCCGUAUAUGUCUCCACUUCUGGCACCUGAUGAAAUGUUGAAGAGUUUACCACCAAUUGAUCUUGUGGCUUGCACAUUGGACCCCAUACUGGACGAUUCAGUUGAAUUUGCUCGCCGGCUACGUUCCCUCGGGAAAGACGUGGAACUGUACAUCCUAGAGGAUUUACCCCACGGAUUUCUGAGCUUCCAUCUUGCCAGCCAGGAGGCGAGAGAAGGAAAUGAUCUGUGCAUUGUAUGCUUGAAGAGAACAUUAUCAGGGAAAAGAAAUGUGGGCAACGUGGAGAAAGCUCCUGUGUACUGAGAGCUUGGUACAUUGUUACGCUCUCAUGAGCGUAACAUGCAGGAGUCUUGGACAACGGCAUGUUCUGUUACUUUCUGUUACCAGCUAUAGACAAUUUAAUUCGAAUGAUUAUGUACGCUGUCACAAAAAUGUUGCGUUACCAUCACUUAAUCUCAUUUUCUUUCACAAGCUAUUUAGGACUAUUUACAGUUUCUGAUAUAACAGAUCGAAUGGAUUCGCACUUUGCCGCAAAUACUGUCACGUAAUUGGUGCGUUUUCCGUCACGCCCUCCCAUUUUCUGUUACUAGCCAUAGACAAUCUGAUAAGAAUUGGAAUUAUUUCGUGAUUGUCACGUAACGCUGUCAUGAAAAUGUUGCGGUACCCAAUUUGAAUGUUCUUAAAAGAUUUAACCUCGAUAGCUCGAUAGCCUUGCAAUUUCUACAAACCUCGCAGGCGAGGAAGAUAAAUAUUUCUGUCAGUUUUAUAUCCAAAGUAGAGCAUAUCAAGAAUAUUUUGGUGUAUUUGUUACAUUUUGAAAUGAAUAUAAUAUUGCAUUCCUCUACAACAUUUCAGGGAGAGGGUAACUGAUAUUUGAGCUUGGGUGAAUGGAAAUUUUGUUGGGGUAUAACCGUGGAAAACAUGCGAUAUCCAGUCACAUCGCUUAUUUAAUAUAAAUGCGAAAUUUAGUCGAUGAAAUUUAUUUGUUACAGGCAGUAAAAUUCUACUCUUCAAAUUAAGAAUGUAAAUGAAUUACUAAAAAUAAUGUGCUGGAUCAAAGGUUGACAAAAAUGUAAAGUUAAUAUAGGAUAUUAAAAUUGAGACA